AAGUAAUGGACGAUAAAACGGUUUUAGGUGGUGGUGCUACAACUUAUAAUAGUACACGAGCAGGCGCUCCGGUGACGUUAAAUUCUAGAGGUCUCUCCUCUCAAAGAUUAAAUAAUACCGAUGUUAUUCGGAUUGAAUUGAAAAAAAUUGACAUUCGGCCUACUGGGGCGCAACUUACUACUUACACAGAUGUUAAACUUGCAGUAUGGUUUCAAUUAAAUACUCAUGACAUCUGUUUGUGUUUGAAUGAAAUGAAGGAUAAAGUUGUCAUCCCUCUUAAUCAGAUGACUGGUUUCAGAGUUGCAGAGUACAAGGAAAUUGAAGUGCAACUUUUAAAUAAUUUCAAAAGAUUGUAUUAUCAUAACAAUUAUGAAGUAAAAGCAGAUCCAACCAAUGGUUUAUUAGAAGGUGCAACAUCAUUAAUUUUCACGGCUCCAUUUGUUGCGCAAAACACAUUGAUCGCGUUGGAAUCCGCAAUUAUAAAAUAUAAAACAGAUUGUUAUAUUAAUGCUCAGGUCAACAGUUCUUCUCAGAUGUAUGUGACUUGGGUUCUAUUUGUUGAACGAGGUGCCGUGGUUGUGCCGUACGACAUUUCCCUCAGUUCUUUAUUAAGCCUCGUCGGAAAUAAGUUUGAUCUUCAAUUGAACAGCGAGCGUAUUUCAUAUAAGAAUGGGGUCGGAGAAAUGAUAGCGCUGAGAGAUGAAGAAGAUUGGAAGGUCGCGAAAUGGGAAGCGAAAUAUGAGAAAAAGGCUGGUGUGGAA